UUUCUACCCAGGGCUGAAUAGUAGUCUACAGGAGAAGCCAGUAUAAAUAACCAAGAUAACAGUAGAGGGCCAAGGAUGACUAUAUUGCAUGUCAGUACAAAUCCCAGUAAAUAUUUCAAGCAGGUGAGACCUUGCUGGAAGGUACAAGAGAGGGUCUACAAUUUUUUUUUAACCUUGCCUCCAAUGGGACCCUAUUUUCUCCUUUCUUCUUUUACCUGAACCUGCCUCUUUGGCUACAGGAAGGACACCCAGUGAAAUGCAUCCCUGACUUGAUUGGAUCAGAAAAACAAGAAAAGAAGUAUCCAGCUCUCUCAGCCCUAUUGUGCAGGCGGAUGUCACGUUCAGGCUCUCAAGAUGGCAGCCAUUGACCUAUGCCCGAUAUGGGCUCUGCCUACACAGGACUCUGCCUGUUUCUUUGUGAGAAAUACUGAGGGGAAAAGGAUAGUGCCUGGAUUCCCAGCAGCCUGGUUACAGGGACCAGUGUCCUUUAAGGAUGUGGCUGUGGAGUUCACCCAGGAGGAGUGGAUGAUGCUGGACUCUGCUCAGAGAAGUAUGUACAGAGAUGUAAUGUUGGAAAACUAUAUAAAUCUCACGUUAGUGGAAUAUCAAUUACGCAAGCCUGUGAUCUCCCUGUCGGGUCAAGAAGACAUAAGAACUGUGAAAAGGAGAAUUCCCCAAGGCACCUGUCCAGACUGGGAGAUUCAACUGAAAACCAAAGAAUCAACUUCUAACCAGAAUAUUUUUUGGGGAAAAUCAUCUAGUGACAAGAAAAUGAUAAGAUUCACAAUGGAUGAUUGGUCUCCCACAUUAAGAGCAGACUGGGAAUGCCAUAAAAUCAGAAAACAGCACAAGAUCCCAGAGGGGAUUCUGAGGCAAGUGACAUUUACUCAAAAGAAGGCAGCAUCUCAGGAGGGAUUGUAUGACUAUCAUGAAUUAGAGGAGGACUCUAAACUCAGAUCAAAACUUGUUUUUUCAAAGAGAGUUUCCAUCAGUAAACAUUGCCAUAAGUGUUACUUAGAUAUUGAGUGUUUGAAGCAUAAUUCAAUCCUAAACAAUUAUGAAAAAAACUGUGAGAGGGUCUGUGAAAGUCAUGAAUAUGACAGAGCUCUGUGGCAUCUUGAAAAAACUCAAACAGCACAAAAAGAGUACACAUGCUCCAAACAUGGCAUACACUUUAAACAUAAUAAUAUGCUUCCUAUAUGCAACAAUUGUCAUAUGGGGGAGAAUUCCUGUGAGUGUAAUAAAAACAAAACCUUUUGUCAUCAUUCAUCCCUUAAGCAACAGGAGCAAACUCCUACUGAAGAGAAUCAUGAACAUAAUCAGCGUGGAAAAGCCUUCAGAAGGAUUUCUAAUCUUAUUUUGCACAAGAGAAGUCACAUGGGUGAGAAACAAUAUGAAUGUAAAGAAUGUAGGAAAGUCUUCGAUGAUUCCUCAACCCUAAGGAGACAUAUAAGAACUCACACUGGUGAGAAACCCUAUGAAUGUAAUCAAUGUGGAAAAGCUUUCAGUCAAAAAACAUCUCUUAAGGUUCAUGUGAGAACUCACACUGGAGAGAAACCCUAUGAGUGUAAUCAUUGUGGAAGAUCCUUUGGCACAAGUUCUUACCUUAUAGUGCACAAGAGAAUACACAGUGGCGAGAAACUCUAUGAAUGCAAUGACUGUGGAAAAGCCUUCAACACAAGCUCUCACCUUAAAGUUCACAAGAAAACACACACUGGAGAGAACCUUUAUGAAUGCACUGACUGUGGGAAGGUUUUUAGUGGUCUCUCAUCUCUUAGAAUGCAUGUGAGAACUCAUACUGGGGAGAAACCCUACGAAUGUAAGGAAUGCAGGAAAACCUUCAGUGUUUCCUCUUCCCUUAGGAGACAUGUGAGAACUCACACUGGAGAGAAACCCUAUGGCUGUAUUCAAUGUGGAAAAACCUUCAGUCAGAAUUCUUCACUUACUAUACACAAGAGAAUUCAUACUGGGAGAGAAACCUUGUAACUAUUAAGAACAUGGAGUUGCCUUUUUCAUUGUCUUAAGGUGGAUUCCAAGCUCAUUAUUUCAGUCUUUGUUCUCUAAAAUAAGCAUUUAAGGCUAUAAAUAGUCCUAUAAAUACCCCUUUAGUUAUA